CAUCAUGCACACAUUGCUUCUGUCGGCGAUCAUCACGAUAGUGGCGAUUUUUCAAACCUGCUGCUGUGUCGAUCAAUCCAGUGCCUUUUCGUGUGGCGAAUCAGGCUCGCCGGCGCAAAUUCGCAUCACGCACGGCUGGGACGCUGACAGUGCGAUGUGGCCUUGGCAUGCCGCCAUCUUUCGGCGCGGGAACGAUACCAACGAUUACAUUUGUGGGGCAACCCUGGUCGGUCAGCACUAUGUCGUGACGGCAGCACACUGCGUAGUCAACAGGGCAACCGGACACAAGCUCAACCCGAACCUGCUUACGGUGCACUUGGGAAGACAAUAUCUGAAUGAAUCUUCAGCACGAGUGCAGGAACGGCCGGUGAAAGAUGUCAUCAUCCAUCCGCAGUUUUUGCAUGUGGGUCUGAAGAACGACAUUGCAUUGUUAGCUUUGAAAACGAAAGUUCAAUUCAACGAAUAUGUGCGGCCGGUUUGUCUGGAUAAGUUGAGCCAAAUCGAUUUCAAGAUCGAUGACCUGGUGGAGAGGGAUGGUGUGAUCGUAGGCUGGGGGAAAACCGAAAGCGGUCAUGUUUCGAUGACACUGCAAACAGCCAGACUGCCAGUGAUAGAUCGCAUCGCAUGUUUGAAUAGUGAUCCACAGUUUUUCAGUCAAUUGAUUUCCUACGGAAUGUUUUGUGCUGGAUACGAAAAUGGAACAAGCGUCUGUAAUGGCGAUAGUGGUAGCGGUAUGUUUUUCCGUGAAGGUGAAAAAUGGAUGCUCAGAGGUAUUGUGUCAUUUUCUGGACUGAAGGCAGACCGAAUAUCGUGUGACUUCCACAAGUAUGCGGGUUUCACCAACGUGCGGUAUUAUAUUCCAUGGAUGCGGACCAUUGUCAAUGAUGGCACGUCCAUGAUUGAUGUAUUGGAUGCUAGUGAGAUGGGGUAGGCUAGCGUGAAUGCACUGCACUGAAGGUUCAGUUUCAGAUAAUUCGGUUUAUUUAAUUGCAGCAUUUCAUCAACAAUCUAUACCUGCAACUAUGACGUCAGCGAAAGCUCGGACUGCAAGCUC